GCUUCAGUUUAUGCUCGGAAGUACAAGCAGACAGGCUGACUUGGCUCUAUGAUUUGAUGUAGCUUAGCGUUAGCUGGUCAACAGCGUCAUCACACCAGAGACAAAACACACAGCAAAGAUGUUUUGGUUUGAGGGUUCCAUUCCUGAAGCCAUUAACUCGGCCAAACAACGAAGUCUAGUCUUUGUCGUUGUCAUUACAGGGGAAGAUGAACAGUCGACACAGCUGAUGGCCAGCUGGGAGGAUGACACAGUCUCAGAAGCAGCACAGAACUGUUGUGUGGCCAUCAAAGUGGAUGCCAAGAGUGAGACUUGUGUGCAGUUUUCCCAGAUCUAUCCAGUUGUGUGCAUACCCUCCAGCUUCUUUAUUGGAGAAAAUGGGAUUCCUUUGGAGGUCAUUGCUGGCAGUGUGUCUGCCGAAGAACUGAUGAACAGAAUCAACAGAGUCAAGCAGAUGCAUGCUCAGUCCAUUGGAGGUGGGUCAGUCUCACCAGAGGCGGAUUCUCUUGUGCAGAUCAGCCCAUGUUACAGCACAGCCAUAGAAACUGCCCCAGCUCCAGGCUCAGCUCCAGGCUCAGCUCCAGGCUCAGCUCCAGGCUCAGCUCCAGGCUCAGCUCCAGCAGCAGUACCAGUCAUGUCACCACGGGAACCCAAAAGUCCUUCAGCAGCAGCCACGGAGCCCGCAUCAGUACCAGCAACGGUAAAUGCAUCCCUCUUGAGCACACCAGAUGAUGGAAGUGGUUCAGCCAUAGUGACUCCUGCAGACAGUAAUAUUGCAUCUUCGGAUCCUGUUCCUUCAUGUUCUCACAGUGAAGAAAACCUGGAUGCUAAAGUGGAAAGAUUAACCAAAAAGCUGGAGGAGAGACAAGAACAAAGAAAGAGAGGAGAAGAAGAGAACGAGAUCAUGAAAGAAAUGGAACGGCGGAAGUUGGGGAAGGACAUGCAGGACUUAAAGAGGAAGCAGGAAGAGGACAAGACCAAGCGACUCCUUGAGGAGAGGAAUAGAGAGAAGGCAGAAGAGAAAGCUGCCAGGGAGCGGGUCAAACAGCAGAUUGCCUUGGACCGAGCUGACAGAGCAGCCCGCUAUGCCAAAAUCCAGGAGGAGGAGAAGGCUGCCAAGCAGGCCCUACUGCAGGCCAGACAGUCAGAGGAGGAGGCCAGAAAGGAAACAAUAUUGAGGGAGAGGAGUACCAUAGCAAGGAUACAGUUCCGCCUCCCAGACGGCUCAUCCUUCACCAACCAGUUUCCCUCACAGAGCAAACUACAGGAGGCUCGGCAGUUUGCUGUUCAGGAAGUGGGAAACCGCUAUGGUCACUUCUCCCUGGCUACCAUGUUCCCUCGGCGGGAGUUCACCAGUGAGGACCUGAACAAGACUUUGCUGGAACUGGAACUGGCUCCAAGUGCUUCCAUCGCGCUUCUGCCUCAGUCAGGCAGGCCUGCUAACACAGUGAUCCAGUCCUCUGGGGAUGGCAUCUGGGCAGUUCUGGGCAGACUCCUCUACCCUCUGCUGGCUGUAUGGAGAUUCCUUAGCUCCUUCUUGUUUGCAACACCACCCCCUCCCGAAGCAUCAUCCAGAAGUCCUGCCCCCCAAUCCAACUCCUACACCAACUCAGCAUCAGCCUCUGAUAAACCAAAGAGAGAAACUCUCUCUAAGCACACUCUGGAGAAGCGGCCCAAGGACUUCAAGAAAGACGGUAAAAUUUGCAGGCUCAGGACUCAGGAGGACAGUGAGGACGACAACAACACCUGGAACGGGAACUCAACCCAGCAGAUGUAGUGCAGUAACAGCCCGUCUGUAACCCCCCUUACCCUCUCAAUCAUCCACCCCACAGUCCCUGUGUGAAUUUGUUCUGUCUGGACAGUUCAUGGUUCUGUUGUGCUUAGGGCUAACCUUUUGGUUUCUUCUCUUUCCUGUUGUGUAACAGGCAUAUACCCCUGCAAUUUGCCGGCAUGGGUAGAUUAAAAAUAAUCAACAGAACCUCCCUCUGAGCUUAAAAUGCGUGUUCUUCUGUUGAUAUGAUUCUGUCCCCUGAACAGAGCUCAGAUUACAGCAGGUUGAAGAUUUUUACAGACUAUGAAAGGCUACAUCAUUCUCAAAAACAUCAGGUUUAAAAUAAUAUGGGUGGCCGUGGUUGUGAUUUUCCUGCUGGCGCCAAGCUUGUUGAAAAGAAGCAAGUCCACAGUAGACGGUUGACCAGAAGAUCUCGUAAUCUGAGACCAAUUUUAAAUUAUGUUAUGGGGUCGUUGCAUUUUGGAAAUGUUUAACUUUGAAAAGUCACCUGCUGAUGGUGAGUGACUCAUCCACAUUCUUAUACAGUAAAAUGAGGAAGUUUUUGUUUUAGUUGUGCAAAAAUAUUUCAGACAGCUUGCAGCUACUGGCAGAAGACUGUAUAUCUGUAGCUGUGUGAGCGCUACCAAGGUACGCACACACCUCGGCAGUAUGUGUUUCUACCAGAUGACACUGGACAAUUACCAUAGUGCUCUUCAUCCAACAAUGAAAAUAAAAGCAACUUGUUAAAAAA